UGGGCUGUUAAAUUCGGCGAGAAACUGUUCGAAUGGUUGAAAUAUGUUCAUACGCACUACCCAGAUGCUUUGAUAGCAGCAAAGAUGGAUGAUGAUGUAUUUUUAUGCAUUCGGCAACUGACAUCGAGGUUAUAUGAACUCUUAUCACCUAAACUAUACUAUGGCUGGAGACGAGCAACGUCGAAUGCACCUGAAAUUGAUGAAAUGUUUGUAGUUCUUGGAAUGGACUUAAUAAAAAGAAUUGUGGAAAGGAAAUAUUGCGGUGAACCAGAAUGCAACAGUCAUAACGAUUUAGUUGACCACAACUUUGCCCACGUAGCACUGUAUAAUUGGCUUUCCAUAUACAAUGACGUUGACACACAUGCUGAUGAUAAAAGAAUUGUAAUGGUAUGGAGACAAAACGAUCGUGAACAAGUUUUUGCAAAAUAUAUUAAUAAAGAUUCUUGUGUAGAUAAUGUGCUCCUUCACAAAGCUCUCCCGUUAGAAAUGUACAAAUUGCAAGAGCAAACCAGUCCAGUAAAAUUCCAACAGACUAUAGGUCCAACGAGUUACAUUGAAACAAAAGACUCGCAUAAGACAACAGUCUAUGAUUUUAAUGGUACGAUAGCUGGUGCUGUUACUGGUUCCCUCUUUUCUGGCAAUGUGAUCAGAAGUAUACCAGUAGUUCCCCUGAAAAACUAUUGGUCCAUGGCACCUAACCCGAAAGAGAAACCAUGUGAUAACUGGGCAGUAGUCACAACGAUAUAUCCUCCGUCAAAAGCUGUACAAUAUAUAGAUAAACUACGUAAUUGGUGUCUCCUAGUUGUUGCUGAUAUUAAAACACCAACAAAACACAUAUAUCUUAAACAUUUGUCAAAUCAAAACACCAAAUAUUUAACAAUAGUAGAGCAGAAACAACGGUACCCGAUGUUAGCCGACGCAAUUCCAUUUAAUCACUUUGGUAGAAAGAAUAUUGGUUAUAUCUAUGCCAUUCAGCACAAAGCAAAGAUGAUAUGGGAUUUUGACGACGAUAACAUUGGAAUAGUAGACACAAUGAAGUUUAAUUCUAACAGCACUGCCACCAAUUAUGCUGAGGUAUGCACUCAGUAUGUGAAUAAGAUUGUUAAUCCAUAUCCAUAUUUCAAAGUUAACGAGACAUAUUCGUGGCCUAGAGGAUUUCCAUUGCAGUUUAUAAAAGACAACAGAACAAUACCAAAAGAAUGUAAUUUAAGAGAACAAAAACAAGUUGGAAUAAUGCAAGCACUUGCAAACGAACAGCCGGAUGUCGAUGCUAUUUAUAGACUUACAAGGAAAGUUCCUUUUAAUUUCAGUAUCACCAACAACAAUGAACGGGCGCUGUUAAUUCCACGACACUCAUAUACACCAUUUAAUGCACAGGCUACGUUGUGGUUCUCAUCAUCAUUUCAUCUGAUGCCUCUUCCAGUAAGCGUAAAUGGGCGUGUUAGUGAUAUUUGGAGAGGCUACAUUGCGCAGUUUUUCCUACAUAAGAAAAAUAUUUAUCUAGCCUUUUUACCUCCUUGUGUUUUCCAGGAACGAAAUCCACAUACCAUUCUCAAAGAUUUUAAUGCUGAGCUGGAUUUAUACGAAAAAAGCAAUCAGCUGAUUGAUUUUCUUAGCAGUUCUGAGUCUAAGAAUUUAAAUACUACCAGAGAAGUGUAUGAACAGUUAUAUGUCAGAAACUAUAUAGAUAAAAGUGACCUGCUCUUUAUACAAGCUUGGGAAAAGACUUUGUCAUCUGUUCAAGAUAGAAAGUUAUAG